UAGUCAGCAGUGAGCGAGAGUCUUACCGCCAUUGUGAACGUCCACAGCAUUGAGAUUCCAGGUCGGUUUGCAGGUUUAGCUUGAGACUUCACAAAAAUGGAAAGACCUCUGAUCUACACCCUCUUCUUUAUUAGUUUACUGGGCACAGGCCUGUCGUUGAUGUGCCAUACAUGUUACUCACAGAAGUCUGGGGCCGAUUGUACACGUAACGUUACUCCCCGUAACUGUAGUGGCAUUCUGGACGUCUGUAUGUCAGUCCGAAGAACAGCAACGCUCACCAAUGGAAACACUGUGCACGAGUUUGCAAAGUCCUGUUUCAUGGACGGUCUAUGCACGCACUUCUUUUGUGAACAGAAACACGAUCACGAAAAAAAAGUGGUUUGUCAUCUUGACUGCUGCACGACCUCUCUCUGCAAUACAAGACCAUUACCAACGAUCAAAGGGAGUACAAGGAGGACAAUCAAAAGUAAAGCGCGUAACCCCUUACAACCUGAGUCAAACUGAAUACCCUCAGGGUUUCAUUGGUUAUCUUAACCACCCAACAGGGUACCCAGGAUAAUGCUGCUUUAAAUCCGCAUUAUAAUUUCAAACGCCAUGUAUUUUUAAUGAUUAUAGUAUCGUUUAUAUCGAACUAUUGUAUAAACUGCAAUUUUCCAUGCUGUAAAAUCUCUAAUAAAGAAUAUUUUGUCCAGAA